AUGCACAGAGGUCUUCUUAGAGCGCUUGAGGAGGCCAUUCAAAAGGAUCCGAUUAAUCAAGAUGAGAUCAGCACAUGUGCGGAACAUCUUCGAGCAGAACUGGAUUCCACAAAUGCAAAGAUAGGAGACGAGUUGACCGUCUUGUAUAACAAGAUGGUAAAUUCAGUUGAUCGAGAGGUCUCAUUCUUAGAAGCUUUGAUCGUUCUCAAAGAUUACGUCAAGAACUUGAAUGUCUGGACCACAUGGUACGCUGAGAUGUCGAUAGACUCAGCUGGCUCGAAUCUUCGCCUAACUAAGCUCGCUACAAAAUUUGUAGAAUGUGCUAUGGAUCGCGACCUGGCCCGAUCUCUUGUUCAAAAGUAUUUACAAACAUUUGACGUACCACCAGAGCUACCAUUUGAAGACAACGAGAAGUACAGGUUCCGCAGACUGAACAUACGAAGGAUCUUAUCAUCUUACAUCAAAGUAGAUGCCCUAGGGUUAUUCUCCAUUUUAGCAGACAGUCUAGUCACAGAGGAACUCCAAACACUUGCGCUCUUUCAGAGUAUUAUGGAACGUCCCCUUGAUGCCCAAUUUGAAAGUCUCCCCUUAUUCGAGCGUUUGAUAGACGUGCUGGAGAGAUGCGACUCUUCGGUGCAAGGGUGUGCCAUUAAUGCGCUUUGUGUCUUGGCACCGAUGGUGGUAAGGUCUUUCAGGGAACAGUUUGGCAGGCUGAGCGAGAUAUUUGUAAGGCUUGCAGAUGAGGAUGUGGAGUAUAUGCGGCUUGGAGGGCUUCUGUAUGCUGUUUCCCCACAGCAGUUGAUAGCCACCGUGAAAAGUCAGCUUGCUACCAAAUCUAAAAGCAUUUUGUGCAAGAUGCGGUUGCAUCCUGCUCUACUGGAAGGGCAGGAAGUCGAAGAAGAGGAGACUGUUAAGCUGAUGAAGUCCUACGUUUCAGAUUUUGGAAAGGCUCCAGCGAUCGAUCUUGAACAUCUGCUUGAUGAUUACAAACAUGUUUUCGCCAAGAGCGAAGAAAAAGAGGAGGUUCCUGAGCCAAUGCAGUUUUAUCAACGCGAAAUGUUGAUUUUGAGCAAUGAGCUCAGUUUCUCUGAAUAUGUACGGCACGCGCUAGCUAUGGAACGCCAGAAACCAGAUCCAAAAGAACUUAAAUUGAAAAUUGAAGUUUCUAGUCCAAUUGCAAGGAUGACGCCAUCUGCCGCUCCGAAUCAGAAAAUCGAUGAAGGAAUGAUUUUGAAAAAUAACGAGAGUUUGCGGGCCGAAGUCCAACUUUUGGCAAGCCAAGUUGGUCAUCUUCAAGAACAGAAUCAAGCACUAGAGAUGCAAGUCAUAGACAAGGAUAAAGCUCUCGGUCCUUUAAAGGAAGCAUUAAAUAAGCUCAGAAACGAAACGAUGUAUUUGAAAGAGGUCAAUACCAGCUUGGAGGAGAAAUUGGAUUCCGCAAAGUGGAGCUCAACGGACACAUUGACAGAACCAACAUCAGAUUCUCCUGACAGCUUACAGUUCCAGCAAGAAUUGAAAAGGGUAGUCAAAUAUCAUGAACAGCAGAUUGCUCAUGUACAUGAAAGCUACCAAGGUCAAAUCAGGGAACUAGAGCACGAAAUAAAUGUUCUGCGCCUUAAGAAGCGGGAGAACUCGAAUGAGAUUGUCAGACGUCAAUUAUCUCUCUUUCAAAGUAAACUAGAAGAAUACGAAAUGCUGAACAAACAACUCCGAAAACAGAUACAAGCUCAGGAAGAAAGUCUAAUUAACUUGAGGUCAACACAACCAAUUCAGAUUCCACAGACAGCGCCAGCCAGACCCCUCCUGUCUCCUAAUGGCUCUACAAACAUUAUCGACAAAAACGAAGAAAAUACGAUGCUCAACAGAGUGAGAAAACCUAAGCCGGCAGAGUUUACAGCUUCCAAUUAUACUUCUUCAGAACGUCAAAUGAAUCCAUCUGGGUUUAGCUUUAGCAUUCGGCGCCACGCCAACCCAACAAUCGAUACCUCCAGUAUAGCCGUUAAAGGUCGUGGAGGAAUCCAAAAUAAAGCAAAGCUAAAAAUGUAG